AUCUGCUGGAAGAGUCCCAAAGAAAAGAUGAAGAAAUGGAAUCUCUGCAGCCGAAGCUACAGUUUAAACUUGCAUCUUGGGAAGAUUCUAGUCAGACUGCAGUGAAAAAUCAGAAUGAAGCUCAAUUUGAAGAAAAAGCAGACCGUGUAAUUGCAUUAGAAACGAGUACCCGAGUGGCCUUGGACCAUCUGGAGUCUGUGCCUGAAAAACUGAGCCUACUAGAGGAUUUCAAAGACUUCAGAGAUUCCCGCAGUUUAUCCGACAGAAUUGAUGAGAGAUAUUCUAAAUAUAGAGUUCACGGAGAUUCUCUUCAGCAGCGCCGAGUUGACACCAAGUACAGAAUCAAAAGCUUCAAAGAUGACAGAAACUUUGCUGAAGGUUCCCACACACGUGGGUUAGAUCACUCAUCCUCUUGGCAGGAUCACAGACACUUCCUGUCUAGUCCACGAUUUUCACACUUGAACUCAUUUACCAAACGAACUAUUGCUCCAGAUUCAGCUUCUCUCAAGGAAGAUGCCACAAGUUCACCGACGAAUGGAAGGAGUCCACAAUCCAAAAAGGAGCAAUAUGAGAGCCAGAAAAUCAAAAUGUAAUUAGUUACUUUACACAAGUGUUUUACACAUAACAGCACGUCUAUUCAUGCAAUUUGGCCCAAAUUAUUCAACAGACAUACCUGCAGCUUCAGCUCCUCAACGUUCGGUAUGGCUGAACAUUGACUAAACUGAACAGUUAGUUGGUCUUUAUGAAUGACAUAGAUUAAACCAAUCCAAAUAAUAUCAGCUCAUGAAUGGCGUGUGGUUAACUUCUUGGCAACUUAUACCAGCAAAGAAAGAGUGAUAUUUUUCACUUUAUUUUUUCCUUUUUCAAGUGUCGUCAGUCUCCUUUCCCUGAACAAAAAUUUGGAUCUACAGUUGAGGCCUUUCAAAAAUUACUGGCUACAAAGAAGGAAAAUAAGUUUCCCUUGAGGCAAAGUCGCCAGCACUUUUGAUUCAGGGAGCAUUUGUAUACGAUUGACUUUUUAAAAAUGCUUUCUCCCUAACAAAUUAUCAUGUGUUAUAACAUGUCAUGGAGAUAUGCAUAUAUUAUAUUAGACAGUUCACUUUAUAAAUGCUCAGGAUUGUUACAUCCAUCAUCUCCACAGGCUAUUACUACAUGGAGUAUCUUAAAAUUAUUUCCAAUCAUCCAUUUUUAAUAGCAAUAAAGAAUUUGUAAAUGACACCUGAAUUGUAGAGCACUGUGAAGAAUUCAUAGCACAAUUUAUUUAUUGGACUUUUUGUGGCCAAAUAUCCCACAGUGAUCACUUCAGUCACAUCCUGUACCAUCUUUAGUUUACUAUGACCAAAACUGUAGUGGCAAACUCCUGUGUCCAUGAGAUUUACUCUGCAAGAGUUCUCGUAUAGUUUAGUACUAUCCAUCUAUGUUUAGCAUCCCAGCUUUUCUCAACAUCAAAGUAUUUUUAAGAACUUAUCUCCUUUACAUGCUGAUCUACCAGUGGAGAGAAAUUUAUAUUAAAUGCUAGAUAAUGGCAAACAUCAGAACUGAAUCCUCCUGUGUCAUGAUGGAAAGAUUCUGCACAGAGACAAGGACAAUAAAGCAAUACUUUUAUAAUGUG